AUGACCGCCGUUAUCGAUACGUCUACCAUCGGGAAACCGAAGCCGGAUCGCCAUCGGCGUCAUGUCAGGACUCUCACUGGUUACUUGCCCGAGACGGACUCGGCUGGAAAGCCCAAAUGGCCCAGAGGGGACGAGAAGACAUGGAAGGAGGCCCUGCGAGGUGUCCACACCGACACCCCCACGAUCACGAAAUCCAUCGUGAACCAUGUUCAGACGUCCCUUGCGCGUCAGCCGCACAACAUCGAUGACCUUGGCGCAUACCAGGCUGCGGCAUUGUCUGUCCGUGAUAACUUGAUUGUCAACUGGAAUGAGACCCAGCUUCAUUACACCAGGAAGGCACCGAAGCGGGCGUACUACCUCUCGCUGGAGUUCCUCAUGGGUCGUACCCUUGACAAUGCGCUCUUGAACCUGGGUCUGAAGAACCAGUACACGGACAGUGUCAACAAGCUCGGGUUCAACAUCGAAGAUCUCUUGGAUCAGGAGCGCGACGCCGCAUUGGGCAACGGCGGUCUCGGCCGUCUUGCUGCAUGCUACCUGGACUCCUCUGCAUCCCAAGAGCUCCCUGUCUGGGGCUACGGCUUGCGGUACCAGUACGGUAUCUUCCAGCAGCUAAUCGCUCCUGAUGGGCAGCAACUCGAGGCGCCCGACCCAUGGUUGGAAAACCAGAACCCGUGGGAGUUGCCGAGACUCGAUGUCUCGUACGAGAUUCGGUUCUAUGGUCACGCGGAGCGCUUGGAAAGCGGGAAGGCAGUAUGGAGCGGUGGCCAGGAGGUGUUGGCUAUUGCCUAUGACGUGAUGAUUCCCGGGUAUGAGACCAAGAACACGAAUAACUUGAGGCUGUGGGAGAGUAAGCCCAAGAGAGGUUUCGAUUUGAACAGCUUCAAUGCUGGCGACUACGAGCGGGCUGUGGAAUCCAGCAACAGCGCUGCUGCAAUCACAUCGGUCUUGUACCCGAAUGACCACACGACGUUCGGUAAGGAGCUCCGUCUCAAGCAGCAGUACUUCUGGACGGCUGCAUCCCUGGCCGACAUCAUGCGUCGAUUCAAGAACCUGGACAAGCCGAUUACCGAGUUCCCUGAUUACGUCGCCAUUCAGCUGAAUGAUACCCACCCGACCCUCGCCAUCCCCGAAUUGAUGCGCAUCCUGGUUGAUGAAGAAGACCUAACCUGGGACCUGGCCUGGAACAUCACCACGAACACGUUCUUCUUCACAAAUCACACCGUGUUACCCGUGAACAUUCAGAAAUGGCCCGUCCCUCUCAUGGAGCACCUGCUACCCAGGCAUAUGCAAAUCAUCUACGACAUUGUGACUGUGGACAAAAAAUUCCCUGGUGACCUCGAGAGGCUCGCUAGGAUGUCUAUCAUCGAGGAGGGCUUCCCCAAGCAGGUCCGGAUGGCCAACCUUGCAUGUAUCGGUAGCCGCAAGGUCAACGGUGUUGCUGAGCUUCACAGUGAGCUCGUUCGGACCACCAUCAUGAAGGACUUCGUCGACCUGUAUGGUGUCAGCAAGUUCUCCAACGUUACUAACGGAAUUACUCCCCGUCGCUGGCUGGAUCAGUGCAACCCUGGCUUGAGCCAGCUGAUCACGGAGACGCUCAAGGUGCCGCGGAACGUGUGGCUGAAGGAUCUAUACAAGCUCGAAGGGCUCCUCAAGUAUGUAGAUGAUCCCUCGUUCCAGAAGAAAUGGGCUGCUGUCAAGCAGAGCAACAAGGAGCGACUUGCUCACUAUGUCCAGACAACUUUGGGUCACACUGUCAACACCAAGGCGAUGUUCGAUGUUCAAGUCAAGCGUCAAAGCUUGAACAUUCUUGGCGUGAUUCAUAGGUACCUGACGCUGAAGGCGAUGUCUGCAGAAGAGCGCAAGAAGGUGAACCCCAAGGUCGUCUUCUUCGCUGGCAAGGCCGCUCCAGGCUACUAUAUUGCCAAGCUCAUCAUUCGUCUCAUUGUCAAUGUGGCCCGUGUCAUCAACGCCGACCCUGAGACGAAGGAGUAUCUCACGAUGUUCUUCCUCCCCGACUAUUCCGUCUCGUUGGCUGAGGUCCUGAUACCCGCAUCGGAUAUCAGCCAGCACAUCUCGACGGCAGGAACGGAGGCAUCUGGGACUUCUAACAUGAAGUUCUGUCUGAAUGGCGGCCUGCUGGUCGGGACUGUCGAUGGUGCCAACAUCGAGAUCGCGGAAGAAGUUGGAGAUGCCAACGUCUUCUUCUUCGGGCACCUCACGCCUGACGUGGAGGGCUUGCGCUACCAGCACACAUAUCACCCGGUCCCUGUCGAGCAAAAGUCACCGGCUCUUGCUGCUGUUCUCAAGGAAGUCUCUGCCGGACGCUUCGGUGACCCCGGGGUUUACGAACCCUUCUUGAACACCGUGCGCCAGCAUGACUACUAUCUAAUCACGGAUGACUUCGAGUCCUACAUCCGCGCCUUGAGUAUGGUCGACGAAGCUUACCAAGAUCGCACGGAAUGGAUCAAAAAGAGCAUCAGAACUGCUGCCAAGAUGGGCAAGUUCAGCUCGGACCGCGCUAUCCAGGACUAUGCUCAGGAAUACUGGAACAUCGAGAGCAUCAAGCUGGACGCA